CACGAGCUCUCUCCGAUCUGCUGCCACUGCCAGUGCCACCUACCGCACCUCGUGUCCUCGUCAGCCGUGAUCACCAGUUCGCCACCUACCGCACACCCCCGAGCUCACUGCCAUGGGCUCGUCUCGCCGCGCGCCGCGCUCUCCGAUCCCCGCCCUUGUCCUCUGAGAGCGAGAGCUCUCUCGUUCCCGCUUUGCCGCCACGCCGUGCGUCCAGGCUCUCACGAUCAGCUUCUCCCACGGCCCACGGGCAGGUAAUUGGAUCAAGCUCGACGAUGGCGCCGGUCGUCAGGUCGUGCGUGUCCGUGAAGGCCGCCGCGAGCCCGGUCAGGUACAGAUCCACGAGGGUCGGGGCGGCGGGCUUGGGGGCGCCGGGACGGCUGCGGGUGUGCUCCUCGUCCGUGGCGCUCGGCGGCGACGCCUGCGGCGAUGGCGGUCGCGCCGCCAGCAUCAGCGGGAGGGGCGUCGUCGUCCGGGGCGGUCCCGGCUCGCUCGGCGGCGACGGGCCCAGCGUCAGGCGGCGGGACGUCGCCGCCACGUGCAGCGCGAGCUUCCACGGGGUCCGCCCCGUCCCCGCCGCCGCCGCCGCUGCCGUGGCGAGCGCCGUGCAGCCCGCGGCGGCGCCGGCGUUCCCGGAGCGGGCCAAGGUGGUGGCGCUGGUGGCGGCCAUCAUGCUGAUCUGCAACGCCGACCGGGUCGUCAUGUCCGUCGCCGUCGUGCCCAUGGCCGCGCAGUACGGAUGGUCCAGCUCCUUCGUCGGAAUCGUCCAGUCAUCAUUUUUGUGGGGAUACGUUUUCUCAUCCAUGGUUGGAGGAGCUUUGGCAGACAAAUAUGGCGGCAAGAAGGUGAUGGCAGGUGCUGCUGCACUCUGGUCCUUGGCUACAAUCCUCACUCCUUGGGCCGCCUCCCGCUCCACUAUCAUGUUGCUUGCUGUGCGUGCACUCUUUGGCAUAGCAGAAGGUGUUGCAUUUCCGACAAUGAGCACCUUCUUACCAAAGUGGUUCCCGACACAAGAGCGUGCCACCGCUGUUGGCAUUUCUAUGGGUGGAUUCCAUCUUGGAAACGUCAUCAGCUUCCUAGCAACACCGAUCAUCAUGUCACACAUAGGCAUUACUGGAACAUUUGCCUUCUUCACAUCGCUUGGUUACUUGUGGCUCUUUGUGUGGAUGUUUAAUGUAGAAAGUGAUCCUAUUGACAGCCGUACCAUAAGCAAAUCUGAGCUGCAAUUUAUACUAGCUGGAAGAAGUGGACCUAAAGCUAAAGGCAGUAAAUGCCCAUCCCUAAGGGAAUUGUUCUCAAAACUUGAGUUCGUGGCUGUCACUGUAGCCAAUGUGGUCAACAACUGGGGUUACUUUGUCCUACUGUCGUGGAUGCCAGUGUACUUCAAAACGGUUUAUAAUGUAAAUCUCAAACAAGCAGCAUGGUUCAGCGCCAUACCUUGGGCAGUCAUGGCUAUGUCCGGUUAUGUUGCAGGAGCCUCUGCGGAUUUCCUGAUCAAAUCUGGUUUCUCUAUAGGGCUAGUUCGGAAAAUUAUGCAGUCCAUUGGUUUUAUGGGUCCCGGUGUGUCAUUGCUAUGCUUAAGAUUUGCCCAAACUCCAUCAGUUGCUGCAGUUCUCAUGACCGUUGCCCUGAGCUUGAGUUCUUUCUGCCAAGCCGGAUACUUUUGCAAUAUACAGGACAUUGCUCCCAAAUACGCUGGAUCCUUGCACGGGCUCACGAACGGCAUCGGGACGGUGGCGGCCAUAGUUAGCACCAUCGGGGCCGGCUAUUUCGUGCAGUGGCUCGGGUCCUUCCAGGCCUUCCUCACCCUCACGGCGGCGCUCUACUUCAGCGCCACCGUCUUCUACAACGUCUACGCGACCGGCGACCUGAUUUUUGACUGAGAAACAAAACUGCUAAGAUUCUUUGGUGCAGAAUCCCAAAGUGUACCAACAUUUAUUUGUACCUCCCCAGGAAAGGAAUUAAGAUAGACCAUCUUAUUCGCUUUCAAUAUAAUGCAGAGUUUUCUCUGUCAAAAGAAAAGAAGAAGAAAGGAAUAAGAUAGAGGUUGUUUGUU